UUUUCUUUGAUUUUCUUUACAGAUUUUGUGAUUCAACAUCGUUUUCCCAUGUUCCCUAACUGACUCUGCAUGGAAAAUGAUCCGGGCGAAGCCACCAGCCCCUGUCGCAAAAGAUGAACAACCAAUUCAAUGCACAAGAAGGGGCACGCAACAUUAAAACAUUGCCGCCAAGCUGCCAAAAGCUCACAACUGGAAUGCAACAGCGAUGGAACAGAGCAAUACCAGAGAGCGAUUACAUUCAACUGGGAACAUUACGCUACGGAGUAAGGCUGUCGAAUCCAAAUCUUGCAAACGCCGCCACAGCCAAUGAUGACAAUAAUGGGAUUCCCCUGGCAAACAGCAGAAACACACAGCAAUCCCGAAUUUCGUCUGAUUCGUACGAUCAGCACACCAACGGGAGCAGCGUUCUGAGCGCUGGAGGUACUAGCAGUAAUAGCAGUCGCGGUGUCAAUGAUAGCUGCUGCUGCAUCGGUUCCAAUGGCAUUGAAAUGCCUUGGGGUGGAGGGUAUGUGCGAACACGUUUGCCUGUACCUAGCAAUUACGCUAAGAAUAGAAAAUCGUCGCCCUCAACAUCAACAUCAUCGUCUUCGUCAUCCACCACUCAUCGGCAGCUGCAUCAAGCUCCUCAGAAGCAAACUGCUACACAACAAGGAAGCAGAGAAAAAUUGCAGCACAGUACUGACAACGGGACGGAUUUAUUGAACAAUUGCAGCAACAAUAAUAACAACGGCAGCAGCACCUUUGCAGGUGUUGAUAAACACAAUCAGCAACGCGAGUCGUCUCCUGCGUCGGUAUCGGGCGUGUGCUGUUAUACCAGUAACAAUUUCAGUAGUGCUUCCAACAAAAAUGCUAAAAAUAAUAAUCUAGUUAAAGUGAGUAACAAGUACUCGGACAGCAAAAAGCUGAAGAUAGUGAACAACAAAGGUGAACACAAGGAUACGGUACCGUCGUCGUACGAUGAAGAAAAUCGAACUAGUGGGAACCAUCGGAACGGUUUCGGUUAUGGUAGUAAUUCGCGCAAUUUGAGCGAAAAGUGGUCGUCGGGCAUUAGUGGCGAAUAUGAUGCCGUGACGAGUAGUGUUCAGAAACAUGGCGAUUUUCCCUCGUCGAAGAUCAUCAGUGCGAAAGAACCAUUAGGCCGCGGCAGUGAAGUCAGUGUGAAGAAAAACGAUGGCGAUGAUUUAAAUUUAAAUUUCAGAAACGCACAGCCGCAGUCAAAAGAGCCACGGUUGAAAGAUGUGAACAUAAAUAAUUUUAAGAAAAGGAACACAUCGACGUAUGGUGUGUAUUUUGGACCGAAUUCAAGUGUGGGUCGAACGGGAAUUAACAAUAAAAAUAAUAUCGGGAAAAAUACCACCACAAGAGGCGAUGAUAUUUGUACCGACGAGUUGUCCUCAUCUUCGUCGUUGUCGCCUAGGUCACCGCUGUCACCUUUACCGCUACCACCACCACCAACUGUAGUGGCGGAGUCGUGGAUGUUCAACGAUCGCGUGAAGCAGACACCACCUUGUUCACCGAUUCCGACGUCGUGCUCCGGUUCAUUCAACAAGAUCUCGUCACCUUUCGAGACAACGGCACGAUCGGAAUCAUCUCCGUUUGAUUUCUCGCCGCCCGGCACACCCCAACAUACGAGAGUACGAGCUUUCAGUGACUCAAACGGGUGCUCUGCUGAAAACAAUCAAUGCCGUAUUAAUAGACCAGCCGUUCAGCAUCAUAACAAGCUCACUACUAAGAAUCACACCAUCCCACCUUCAGAAAACGAACGGGCUUAUGACCAACGAAAAAGUUCCCUUCCUGUAAUAAAUCACGCGAGUGUCGUCCGAUCACAACCUUAUCGAAAAUUUUCCUCAGAUAAUAUUAGUGCUAAGGCUAACGGUACACCGUCCUCUGUAGUGAUAUGCCAACUCACGCCAAAACUUGCAUCCCGAGGUUCUAAUGUCGAAGUUCGUUUGCAAUCUCUCAGUCGCUAUUGUGCCCAGAAUUUGAGUUCGAACCCCAUCAGCGAUAGUCCGGCGGUCGCCGAAUCAGAAGAUUUCACUUUCAUCGAUUCCUCGGAUAUCUCAUCCACCGGAGACGAUGUUAUUACCGUGAUCAAUGAAGAAGAUUACCGCGAAUAUCAUAAAUACCUAUCGAUACCGAAACUCGACGGUUCUUCGGACGGUUUAUGUCCCAGUGGUUAUGAUAGUUGCCAGAACAGCAACAGCAACUACGGCUACGGAUGUUCAUCGGACGAGCUGAGCAGCGUGUGUAGUGGUAGGGAUUCAGUGCCCACGUUGGUAGUAAACAAUUUCAAGGAGGAAGCGAAACGAAACUUCCACACGGUGAAAUACAAGCAGUGUAACGUGAGUUUGCAAUCAAGUGCUCGCGCCAGUGAAGAAAACCAUCCGGGUAGUAGUUGUCCAGGUCCAUCUUCGCCGGUUGAUAGUGAACAGAAGAGCCCAACCGCCGUCAGUGGGCAAAGUGAUAGCAAUAACAAUCAACAUAUGAGAAAUACCGAAGAUGAGCUAAAAUUUAAUCCAUCUAAUAAUAGUCACUAUAGAAACGAAGAUAUAUUGAGUGGGGUUGCAGCCGCAGCAGAAUCUGUGGGUCAGAAUUCGACGCAUCGGCUUGGUUUUAACAGCAUCUCGCCGGAUAGUUCUUCCAGUAGUUUGAAUUGCUUCGGGAAACAUCAACUGCAUGUCAGGUCAUCGCCUGAGAAGCCGAUAAUGGAAAAAAAGAACUAUGCUUUGGAUCGGUUACAAAAAUUGGUAAAAAAGACAACAUCCGGAUCGAGUGAAGGUAAAACUAGUGACAAGCAAGGUGGAACUAAAACUGAGCGCCUACGAGAACUGACUGAACUUUUGAAAGGAACACGUAAUCCCCCAGUUCCACCUCCCAGACGACCCAAAGCAUCUCAGAGUCUUGAUAAAACCUUCGAACGGCAAAACACCACUAGCUUAACGAGUGCCAGUCUUCUGAACAUUGAUACCCUGAGAGGAGAAAACAACAGUAGCAAUCUGGUAAAAUCCAAAGAAUCUCGGUCAAUUGAUUUCCCCUACCAAUUCGUUGAAGGCAAUCGAGCAUCUACUCCAAGUUCCCCCAGAAGUGAGCAUAAAGCCAACCUCCGUGCUAAUGUAAGCACAUCUAAUUUAGAAAGUUUACAAAGUUCUCCUACCAAAGAAAACAAUGUCAGUGUUGUUGAAAUAACAAGUACAGAUUUCAAGGAAGACGAUGACAUUUUUACCAAGUUAUCUAGACCAGAGUCUAGAACUAUUGUUGGUUCCUAUACUCAAAAAACAAUUCCAUUCCGAAGUGCUUCGUUUUCUCAAGUAGAUUAUUCGUCCGGAAAGUACAUACGCUCAGCAUUAGGUGCCAUAAAGAAUAGCUUGAUGCGAGGGAAGGAAGGUCCUGCAGUUGAUAGUGUGACCCUCCCAAGAAAUAAGAAAGAAUUUACCAGAAGCUGUAGCCCAGCACAGCUUUCAUCUGCUUCAGAACCCUGUGGUUCGUUCGAAGAGAACGUUACUUCUAAAGGAAGUUUGAAGAAAAGCGAACUCAGUAUCAACUUAAGCCCACCCGACGGCUUUGAACGAAUUGAAGGAUUCGAUGGAAAAGAACUGUCGUCCAACAGAAACUCUGAUAUUGAAACCAUUGUCGAAGAUCCAGAAGCAGAACAUUCGGAAACUAUCGAGAAUGAGAAUUCUAUACAGAAGAAAGCGGAGAUCAAUGCGGUACAAGCAUCUGAGAUGAUACUGGAGCCACUGGUUGAGGAAGGGAUUCCAAUAACACCGCAGUCCUUGGCCAAAGAUGAAGAAUGCUUGCAGCAGGCUACCACUUGUCUGAUACCGGUGCCUGUUUACGACUGUGUGGUUAGUGAAUGGAGUACUGCUCGGCCUUCCGAACAAUGGAUCGAUGCGUCUAUGACGGAGUGUACCAAAUUAACUGAAUGCUUAGACAGUAUUAUAGAAUCCAGUGAAAAUGCAUCAGAGCCAAGUGAGGUGCAUCUGAAUCCAGUGGAAGCCAUAGUCAUUGAUAGCCCUCCUGAUGUUUUAGAAGUAGAAAUGUCGAAAUUGGGAACGGUUGAUGAAAGAGCGGAACAAUUUGUAGAACUAGCUUUGAACAGCACAAUCAAAUCUAACCAGUUUGAGAAUGGAGAAAUGUGUACGCCACCCGUGUCGAUUAUUUGCACAGAACCAGAUUCUGAAAUAUCUACUACAAUAAUUGAAACCCCUCCCACUCCCGAGGAAGCAUUGAUAAGAGUAGAGUCAGUUGAAGGAGAAGUGGUUGAAGUACGUAAACGACAUAGCAACAACGAGGACAGUGGCGAAGCAAUCAGUAAUUGCAACAGUGAGAUGGAAGAAAAACGAAGGAUUGAUAAGUCCAAGCGACGGAAAGGUAUUUAUAUUCAGUGGCCUGCCAUAGACACCAACUUAGAUCCAGAGUCAGACUCCAACGACAACUGCACCCCCGAUGAUAGUUGGCGUCCGAGCCGACUUACCAUUGAAAAAGAUUCCAGCAUCGAUCUCAGUGGAGAAAGUUGCACGGAUCUCAGCUCGAAGGAUAUUACCUCGUCCCCCGAGAAAUUGAGAGAUUCUAGCAUAUACCAUGGGCCCGACCCAUUUCUUCUGGGUCCCAACACGCCAGACUCAGACAUUUCGAGACCGGAAUGGCCACGGGGGUUACGUAGAAAAAGUCUUACCUAUCAGAGCUCCGACGAAAAAGAUGACUCUGCACCAAUUUCCUCAAUUCCAGUCCGUUCGUUCAAAAACAUUUUUCUUCGUUCCGAUUCGGUGUCUGACAACGAGAGCGAGCGUGCUUCGUCAAGGGACCGCACGAGUGCCUCUCCAGCUCCGUCAAGUGAACACGACUUGAGGCGGUAUUCCAAACGGCCACUUCGAGGACCGUACGGGCAAAUGCUAGAGGCGGAGAUGAAGAAACCUUCCAAAGUACACUACAACGAAAUCCUGGAAGAGCUCGCGCGACACGAAAGUUCUCACUCAUUUCCGUCGGCCAGUAGAAACCGAGGCAGCGGCAGUCAAUCCAUGGACGAGACCAACGAUCGUCAUUCAAGUAAACUCUUCAAGCCAAGAAAGGCAAGCGCCAAUCUGCCACUCCCUAGUCACAGUAGGACAGCAUCCAGUCCUUCUAAAUUGGCAGAUUUAGGCGCAGAGACCUCACCCAGUAGUAAACGUCACCUCGGUAAUAUCGAGCAAAGGAGCACGGACUCCGAUAAGUCGGAAAAAGCUCCGUGCAAAUUGGAAAACAAAAAGUUUUCUUUGGAUAGCCAUCUAUCCGAUAAAACUGCCCACCACCAUGAGAAACACAGUAAACGCAGCUCGGGAAACUGUGACAAACAUCAGAAGCGAAGUCUUGAUGAUACCCGAUAUUCGCAAGCCAGUCGCACCCCAUCUGAACGCAGCUUCACUAUUGGUACGCCGGACAAGCCCAAGAGUUUGGUAGCUUCUCCAGAAUUGCUAGCAGAAUUGUUGAAAGGAUCCAGCGAAAAACUCGUCACAGAGCAACUUACAGGUGGUGCCAGUCCAAACAACAACGCCAGUAAUGCGCUUCCCACAGCUGUUCUCAAGUGCCUGGAUACACGGACACACGUGGUGGUAGAACUUUUCAAUACGGAGAAAUCCUACGUCGAAUCGUUGCAGACAAUUGUAUUGAAAUACCUUAACCAACUGAAAUCUCCAGAAAAUGCCGGUCUAGUGGAUACUCAAACCGUUGACGAGAUAUUCUUCAUGGUUCCUGCGAUUCUCAAUAUUCACGAAAGGUUCCUGGAAGAACUUCGCAGACGUUUGGACGCAUGGGACCCGAUGCAGAAAAUUGGGGAUGCGUUCGUUGAUGUGUUCUCGAGGCCGGUCAUUCUGGAUACGUAUACGUCGUUCGUUAACAACUGGAACCGAGCCAAGGAUGCAAUACGCACAACUCGACAAAAGUGCCCAGCAUUCGCACGGUUCUUGGAGGCGAUGGCACGCGAACACAAGGGCAAACUAUCCCUCGACAAUUUACUUAUCAAACCUGUACAAAAGUUUCCAAAUUAUGAAUUAAUAUUGUCAAGACUGAUUAAACACACCGACACUGAUCAUCCCGAUCAGAAGCCAUUACAAGAAGCUUUAAAGUUAGUACACGAUAUCCUAAUGUUUCUCAACUGCAAGGAGAAGGAAGCCCUCGAGAAUGGCCAGCGCGAAACGGCCCUGCGCGAGCUGGAGGGCGUGAUAGAGGGUAUGAACGAUCUGGUCACGCCGGAUCGUGCCUUCUUGCUGUUCGAUCUCGUCUCGAUGCCGUCCGGGCAGGCGACCCGGAAGGAGCGUGGAUUCUUCCUCUUCAAUGAUCUGCUAGUUAUUACCAGUAUUAAACGACGUAGCGGUACCAUCCGAAAAACCAAUAUGACAUGCCCUGGCAGCGUAGCGUCAACUCUGGAUACAAACAAAUACAAAUUCCUCACCAGGAUUUCGUUGGAUGACUUAGAGAUAGUUAAAUCAAAAGAUGAGAACAUUCGUCGCAUAAUGAAAGAAAUAGAACAUCUAUCGGAUGACUCAAACAAGUUAACACAAAUAUUCGAUUUGGCUGCCAGUCUGAGAUGCCCACAUCAAUUGUUGGAAGAAUCUAUUCGAGAUCUACAGCGGGAAGUGCAACGGCAACUAUCCGAAAGGCAAACAAACGAUGCUCAAUUAAACAUACUGGAACUCAUGCUGAAUUCUUCCGGUGGAAUCCAGAACAUGACGGUCCUGUUCUCCAAACCAGACAAACGAGCUCAAUGGGAGGAGGCCUUCACGGAGGCCAAGCAAAAGUUGGCCAGCGCUCUGGAACGCUGCCAAAUCCCGGAGUUUGUAGUGUCGGUGCCAAUCAGGAAAACCCGAGCCGGUCUCCAGUUCACGUGUGCCUCCCCAACGCUUGGCAUCCAGCGGGAUGUCUGGGUGUGCAAUAGCGACGGCUACGUUGGCCAAGUGUGCGUGCUAAGUCUGGUGCCGGAACCAACGGUCACCAGUUGCAAUGGCGUUUGUAACGCGCGAAUUCUGUGCGUUGCAUCCGUGCCAGCUUCCGAUGAUAGCUCUUCUAGUCAUGCGAAUGCAAGCAUCAAUAUUUCCAUUCAAGAACCUCCGACAUCUGUAGCGAAUGCGAUAAACUCAGUCAAUUCAAAGCCACGAGAAAAGCGAAAACCCACCGACGGUUCCUCCACUGAGAGCCGAAACUCGUGCAACAUUCAACUCGAUUCCGACAGCUCCAGUGAGGACUCGGAAACGGAAAGCCAACCCGAGCGGGCAGUUAGUCCUUCCAAUUCAACGACUGCGACCAGCAUUUUGACGUCGAGCAAUUUGCCAAUUUCGCACCGGCACCAGGAGUCGAACUCCGAAGAAACGGAUGCACUGCAGUCGACCAUGUGGCUCGGCACCGAGGACGGGUGCAUCCACGUCUACAACUGCACCGAUAACAUUCGUAUCAAAAAGAACAAAAUCAAGAUUCCACACAUUAGCGCUGUCUAUUCCAUACUGUAUUUAAGUAAUAAGGUAUUUGUUUCGUUAGCUAACGGUGACGUCUGUAUCUACUCGCGGGAUCACAAUGGUUGGAAUACAACUUCGCCUUUCACUGUAACGGUGGGAACUGUGACGAGUCCCGUGACGAAGCUACUCAACGUGCAUAGUAAACUAUGGUGUGCUAUACAGGGGUGCAUCAAGGUGCUAAAUACGACAACCUUACAGGUGGAUAGUCAAAUCCAAAUAUCUAACGAUUCAAAGCCAAUUACAAACAUGACAGUAUUAGACGAGUACGUGUGGAUAUCCGUGCAGAAUUCAGCCCACAUCAAGUGUUGCCAUCAUGAGAGCUACGAAAUCAUUUUCGAAGUCAACUUGGCUCCCUCGGUGAACAAAAUGCUAUCCAACUGUGAUGACAUUAUCCGACAACAUAAGGCAGCUUGUCUACGGGUAACGUCGCUACUGGCCUGCAAAGACCUGAUAUGGGUGGGAACCAGUGCUGGCGUACUCCUCACAAUUGCAGGGUCGAACAUUAGCAAAGGGUCUUCACCACCAGCGGUGACAGGAAUACCUCAUGGACAUACAGGUCACGUACGGUUUCUGACAUUCGUGGAAUCUCCGCAAUGUGACAGCUCAGAUGAUUUGUCCAAACUUAGCGAUAGUAAAACUGAUAUUGUCAAGACUAGCACGAACCGAACCCUGCUGGUGAUAUCGGGUGGUGACGGUUACGAAGAUUUCCGUAGCUCCGGCAACAACACGAUGAGUGAAAUUGCCGGCCGAGAAGAUAGCACAAACCAUUUACUACUGUGGCAUGUUUAAAUCUUUUGUAUUUCACCCACCUACACUUACUUUCCGUGACGAGACAGUAGUACCAAGUACUGAUCGGUCGUGUUUUAGUUUUUUUGUCUUUGUAGCCCUAUAUUUGGCAAGCUGGACUUGCUAGGUGUAUUAUUUUGCUUGAUGAUCGUUGUGCUCAACAUCAUUCAUUUGUAUAAACAAGCUAAUUUAUUUUUAUAUUGUACGACAAUAAAAAAAACCCUAACAAGGGACAACAAUUCCAAAGCAGAAAUAGUUUUUUGACAAAAUGAUAUUUGUAUGGCUUUUUGGCAUGCUUGCACAAUACGUAAAUGUGAAUAUGCAUAGGAAUUGUUAAAUAGUUUGAUACAGCGUUGAAAUAUUCAAUGGCCUAAAUCUUGAUAAAAUCAUCCCACAAUUGCCCAAAAACAUGGUUUCACCUGUCUUAAAAUCCAAGCAGAUUUGCAUGUAUACAAUUGUAUCAGUCGCACAACUGAAUGUCGAAACUGUGAAUAUUCAUUCAAUACUAUUCAAACUACUUUUUAUAACUGUUGAAGUAUUACGUAUACUCAUCAUAUAAACGUUACUGUAUUAAAUGCACUUCAUAAUAAAAACAAGAAUUUUGUACGACAUUUCUACGUAUCACCAAACCAAUCAAUCUCACGUUGUUUACUCCGGAAACUCAAAAACUUUCGAUACUGUCGUAAAAUAAUCGUUUAUACAAAAUUUCUAUCAUUCUAGUAAACUGUUCCCAACAUCCAUUUUUGAACGUUAAUCAUAUUAACAACAAACGUGAUUAAAACAGCGUUUUCGCAAUAUUAAACAUUUAUAAAGAAUAUUCCAAGAAACACAAAGAUGAAGGUUCAACGUAAUGAAUAGUAAAAGAAGAUCAUAUAUCAAUGUUUAAAUACCUGAAUAAAGAAAUACACAUUAUUGUGUGACAGAGAAACCUAUAUUUAGCGAAUAUUUAUCGAAUUGUACUUAGCAAGGUAGCGUUAGUUGAACGUUAAUUUAUUUACGAACAAACGAACACGCAUACAGGAAUUCGUACCGUUAUACACGAACCAUUAAGCUGUAACAUGUAUGGGAGCCAUCAAUAAACAAAGAAUUGCUGUUAUAUAA